AGAAGGAUAAUGACAUGAUGUUGUAUAUUACUGUUGAGCUGGGUGCUGUAGUGAUGACUUGGACAGAAAGAUGUGGAUGAGCUGUGCAGAUGUUCAGCUGUGCUCCUGUCUUUUUGUCUGCAGGAUGUCAUGGUGUGAACUAACAGAGAGAUGUUGUGAAGAUCUGGCCUCUGUUGUUCAGUUUCAACACUCCAGUUUGAGAGAGCUGGAUCUGAGUUUCAAUAACCUGGGGGAUUCAGGAGUGAAACUGUUGUCUGCAGCUCUGAGGGACCCCAACUGUAAAUUAACAACACUGUGGAUGUGGAGAUGUGAACUAACAGAGAGAUGUUGUGAAGAUCUGGCCUCUGCUCUUCAGUCUCAACACUCCAGUCUGAGAGAGCUGAGUCUGAGUCUCAAUAACCUGGGGGAUUCAGGAGUGAAACUGCUGUCUGCAGCUCUGAGGGACCCCAGCUGUAAAUUAACAACACUGAGGCUGCAGACGGCUCAUUCUGUAUUACAGAGCUCCGCGCCUCCUCCCUCUCUCAGUGCCACCUCUUCUCUGACACAGAGCACUGAGUGUUGUAGUGAAGACUUGGAAAGAAAGAUGUGGAUGAGCUGUGCAGAUGUUCAGCUGUGCUCCUGUCUUUUUGUCUACAGGAUGGUGAGAUGUGGACUAACAGAGAGAUGUUGUGAAGAUCUGGCCUCUGCUCUUCAGUCUCAACUCUCCAGUCUGAGAGAGCUGGAUCUGAGUUACAAUAACCUGAGGGAUUCAGGAGUGAAACUGCUGUCUGCAGCUCUGAGGGAUCCCAACUGUAAAUUAACAACACUGAAGUAA